AAUACAAAUUACCAGUAUCUAUUUGUUAGUAGUUCCGUGUUUUAAUGUCAUGUAUGUCGGAGGAAAUUGUAAAUAGGUGACAUGAUUUGUUGCAGUGAACAAUUAUUUCCUGUUAUUGAUUGCUGGCUAUUUUACUAUAAUCGGGUGGUGCUGAAGCGCAGACUAGUAAUGCAGAAUGGUACUGCAACAUUGAAAGGACGGAAGACAUUGGGUUUUGCCUAUUAACUAGUUGACAGAAAUCUGUAGGUGACCGAUAGAUGUACAUGUGAAAAUCCCAAGAUGGCAACCAUCUUAAAACAUGUCUCGCUUCUCGCUAGUUAUUAAUAGCAGGUCACGCUUGUCUCCAUCUAUUUCUAACAGCUUCCUUCUACAUCUAAAUGUCCCUUUCCUGAAUAAGAGCAUCAACAAAAGCAGUAUAUAAGCAAUGCUUCAACUCCAGUCUGCAGUUUUAUGAUGAACACUUCAAAACUGCUUGCAAUGCUGACAUAAAUAGUGUUGGUAUAUACUCACAAAUUGUGUCACAUACUCACAACUUUCCACAAAGAUUAGCACAAACGCGAAUUUGUCAGUGUAUACUGGCAAAUAUCUAUUUCUAUUAAAAUCCCUGAUGCAUUUUUAUAAUUUCUUUUACGAUAUUUUUACUGCAGUGCUGAAGACUAAAUCCACAUGGCAACCAAAGCUGUACCACAACUGAAUCAAGAGGAGGAUGGGGAUGGACGUGGGGAGGAUCUUCCGAGUACACACAAGUGCAGCGAGUGUGACAAGCAGUUUCGUCGUGCGAGUGAAUUGAAGCGACACAUUCGUACUCACACCGGUGAGAAGCCUUACAGGUGUGAGGAGUGCAGCAAACAGUUCAGUAGGAUGGGUCAUCUGAAGAGCCAUAUGAGGACUCACACAGGUGAGAAACCUUACAGGUGUGAAGAGUGUAGCAAACAGUUUAGUGAGCUGGGUUCUCUGAAGACUCAUAUGAGGACUCAUACCGGAGAAAAACAGUACCGUUGUGAGGAGUGCAGAAAACAGUUCAGUCGGCUGGGUAAUCUAAAAAGACAUAUGAAGACCCACACCGGUGAAAAACCUUACAGAUGUGACGAGUGUAGCAAACAGUUCAGUGUGCUGGGUCAUGCGAACAAUCAUAUGAGGACUCAUACCGGAGAGAAACCUUACCGUUGUCAGGAGUGUAGCAAACAGUUCAGUGACCUGGGUAACCUGAAGAAUCAUAUGAGGACUCACACUGGAGAGAAACCUUACAAAUGUCAGGAGUGUAGCAGACAGUUCAGCGGGCUAGCUUCUCUGAAGAAUCAUAUGAGGACUCACACUGGAGAGAGACCUUAUAGAUGUAUAAAGUGUAGCAAACAGUUUAGUGAGCUGGGUUCUCUAAAGAAGCAUAUGAGAACUCAUACGGGAGAGAGGCCUUACAAAUGUGAGGAGUGCAGCAGACAGUUUAGUGAGAAAGGUCAUCUGAAGAGACAUAUAAGGACUCAUACUGGAGAAAAGCCUUACAGGUGUGAAAAGUGCAGCAAAAAGUUUAGCGAGCUGGGUUCUCUUAAGAAGCAUAUGAGGACUCAUACGGGAGAGAAACCUUACAGGUGUGAGGAGUGCAGCAAACAGUUCAGUCAGCUUUGUAAUCUAGAGAAGCAUAUGAAGACUCAUACCGGAGAGAAACCUUACAAAUGUGAGCAGUGCAGCAGACAGUUCAGUCAGCUUUGUAAUCUAGAGAAGCAUAUGAAGACUCAUACCGGAGAGAAACCCUACGGAUGUAAGGAGUGCAGCAAACAGUUCAGUGAGCCGGGUUCUCUGAAGAGCCAUAUGAGGACUCACACUGGAGAGAAACCUUACAAAUGUGAGCAGUGCAGCAAACAGUUUAGUCAGCUGGGUCAUCUGAAGAGGCACAUGAGGACUCACACUGGAGAGAGACCUUACAAAUGUGAGGAGUGCAGCAAACAGUUUAGUGAGCUGGGUUCUCUGAAAAAGCAUAUGAGGACUCAUACCGGUGAAAAGCCCUACAGAUGUGAUGAAUGCAGCAAGCAGUUCAGUACACUGUAUAACCUGAAGAACCAUAUCAGGACUCACACUGGAGAGAAACCUUACAAAUGUGAUGAAUGCAGCAAACAGUUUGGUCAGCUGGGUUCUCUAAACGGUCAUAUGCGGAUCCAUAAAAUUGGUGAGAAACCCUAUCAGUGUAAAGAAUGCAGUAAGAGCUUCGGUAAGGCAAGUAAUCUAAAAGUUCACAUGCGAACCCACGGCAAUGAAAGUGUACGGCUACAGAUGUGAAGGCAACAGCCAAGUUCGGCAGACGGGGUAAUCAGAAGAGACAGUUACACAGAGAACCAAGAUAACUAAAGUUUGCAAAUGUAUGUUUUACUGAUGCAAGUAGAUAACCCUAUCUCGUUUACUGGGGUUUCUAUUCCCUCCGCUCACAAACUAUUUAAUUUAAGAUCGUGUUAGAAAUUGAUGAAUGCGAGCUGUUUAGAAAAACAGUUGCAUUUUUAAAGUUAAAACUUCAGUGUCACUGAUUUUUGUGGUUUUGAGAUGAGGAAGAAGACUGUUGAUAAAUCAUCAAAGAUCAUGUGAUACGCUUCUCUACUUUAACUUUUUCUAUUGUAUUGAAGGUUUACCUUUCUCUUAUUGUACUCUUGUACUUUCAAUAUUAACCCUUUGUCCCUUGCCACUGCGCGUCUAGUUUUUGAUGACGAAAGAUAAUAAUUAUGAUGAUGAUGAUAAUUUACACCUUAUGUGGUAGAAGCAUAUUGAGACUACAUGAGGUGUAAGAAUUGCAGCAAACAAACAAUACUAGUAGUUAGUUAGAUAGAAAAACUAAUAUCGUAGGUCGCGGUGGUUAGUAUGGUAUAUGUCCCUCUACAUUUUAGAUACAUUAGAGUAGAUAACAUAGCUGCGUGGAAUAAACAUUUGUAUCGCUUGGAAGUGUAAUGAGAUAUAGAAUGGACAAUUGAGCCUCAUUGUUUGAGCCGGUGUUGGAAAUUUUUGUACUGCCGCUCUAACAUAUAACUGAAAUUGUACGUCCGAUUAUACUGUAGAGUGCAUUGAACACUUUUCUUAAUAUAACAAUAUAAUUAAAACGUGUACAAUUGAAAUUGAGAUUUUGUUAGUUUGUAGAUAUGUCGCACGUAAGAUUUUGACUAAUUUCCGCAAUUGACCUUUGUUAGAAAUUAGCUGUACUAAUACUACUUGUAUGUUAUACCUGAUGAUGUUCAGCGAACAAACAUAUCUCCAAGAAUAAAGGCAACAUGGUCCAAAA